GCUUCGAUACUGUCCGUAUUCAGUUGGAAGUUUGGCAUCAGCAAGGUGACGACGAGACUUGGUUGAAAACAACAACAACAACAACAAGAACAACGUUUUCAUUAUUAUCAUUUCUAUUUUCGUUUUUCUUUUGGUUUGUUAUUUCCAACACAAAAGAAAAAGAAGGAGCACAGUUGGAAUGGAAGUAAACAAAAGACCAAGAAAAACUAAAACAAAAGCAUGCUCCCUCCGGUCCCUUUCUUUCUGUUACAUUCUUCUUUGUCUCACAGUUGUCUUGUCUAAUAACCAAGUCCUCUCUCUCCUUCCUUCAACACCUUUUUCUUUCUUCUCUUCUCUUCUCUUUCUUUUCAUUGCAAAAUUCAAAUGUUUUAUAUCUUAGUUUGCUUCAACAGCUGAAACCAUACCAUCUCUGAUCGUUUCUAAAUAUGGAACCGCUUGUCAACUUCAUCAUUCGCCCACCCAGAGCUGAAUAUGAUCCAAAAAGUGAUUUAUUGGAUCACGAGUUCAUGCUAAAAGGGAAAUGGUUUCAACGGAAGGACGUGGAGAUAAAAAACAGCCGUGGGGAUGUUCUUCAAUGCAGCCAUUACAUGCCUAUAGUCAGUCCUGAUGGAAAGCCUCUGCCAUGUGUGAUAUAUUGCCAUGGAAACAGUGGAUGCAGGGUUGAUGCCAGUGAAGCUGCUCUAAUUUUACUUCCUUCAAAUAUUACAGUUUUUACUCUGGAUUUCUCGGGAUCAGGAAUCUCUGGAGGAGAGCAUGUCACUCUAGGUUGGAAUGAAAAGGAUGAUCUGAGGGCAGUGGUCAACUAUCUGCGGGCAGAUGGAAAUGUCUCUCUGAUUGGCUUAUGGGGACGCUCAAUGGGUGCUGUGACUAGCCUUAUGUAUGGAGCUGAGGAUCCUUCAAUCGCAGGAAUGGUUUUAGACAGUCCCUUCUCUGAUUUGGUUGAUUUAAUGAUGGAACUUGUAGAUACAUAUAGAGUCCGUCUGCCAAAAUUCACAGUGAAGUUUGCAAUUCAAUACAUGCGAAAAACAAUCCAGAAGAAAGCAAAAUUUGACAUAACAGACUUGAACACCGUUAAGGUAGCAAAAUCUUGUUUUGUUCCUGCUCUAGUAGGGCAUGCCAUUGAUGAUGAUUUUAUUCGUCCUCAUCACUCAGAUCGUAUACUUGAGGCUUACAUGGGGGACAAAAACAUAAUUAAAUUUGAGGGAGAUCACAACUCUUCGCGUCCUCAGUAUUAUUUUGAUUCCGUAAACAUAUUUUUUCACAAUGUUUUACAACCUCCUGAAGAUGAGCUUGGGGAAUCAUUUUUUGACAUUAUGAAUGAUUACUUUGGUAAGGAUGUUUGGAGAUCUGUGCAUGAAUUUGACUUUGGCAAUGAACCAUCAUUCCAAAACAAAGAAACAUCAACAAGCAGUACUGUGGAAGACAUUAAGCACGUCCGUUCAAAAAAACCAAUGAGUAGGAUGGAGGUUCCAUCACAUAUUUCUUCAAAAGAUGCACAUCUCGACUGUGAGGCACAGAAAUGUGAUGAUCUUUCCUCAUCAUCUUCUACAAUGAUUAGUUUUGAAUUAUCAAAUGGUCGUCUCUAUAGUCCCCUCGUUCCAACCGAUCUAGAUGAUGACCACUUUGUGGAAUUUCAACUUGAUGACUUUACAGGCUGUCCAUCUAGUGCAAAGAAAGAACAAAAAAUGUUCACGGAAGCAGUGAUAGAUUCAUUGAAAGACCGGGAAAUACGAAUUCCAGAGGUAGAACAACCACCUGUUAGGAGUGCUAGUAGUACCAUGUCUAUAGAGCCAUCGGAUAAGAAUGACUCACAUGCUUCUAAUUCACAUGAGAUUUCCAAACCUGUGGAGACAGAAUCUUCUUUACUCAACCACAGUGAUAAAACAAUUUCCACUUCAUCUGAUGCAUUGGAGCCCUUGAAAACUGAGUCAAAUUCCAUUUCAGUGAUUCCAAGUCCUGUAACAAGUCUUUCAUCAAGCAAAAUACCAUCAUCACCACUACCACCAUUGGACACUUCAUCGGUCACCGAGUCUGGCGAUACAGAAAGUGCUUCUACUGGUAAUGAUAGUUCUGCUAGCUUACAAAGUUCAUCAGACACUGACAUUUCACACAAUACAAAAGCCACAUUAACUGUUAUUAAGAAUCCAACAGGUCAUGUCUUGAACGGCUUACUGCGACGUUGGGAUUUCAAGUUUUUCAGAAACAGUCAGAAUCGAUAAGAUUAGAGAGUCAUGGCUUUUGUAACUACAAAAUAUACUACAUUAGUUUGUAAAAUGCCCCACAAAAGAAAUAGGUUGCUUGUACUUAGGUUCUGUAUCUUUAGAUUAUCAUCUAGCAUUCAUCUUAUAUUCUUUCACUGUAAGAGAGAGUUGUUGUGUUUUUACCCCGUCGAACUAGAAUUUCUGGAAGUCCCCAUUAUUUGGCCAUGCUUAUGCAUGAUUUAUUGAUUUUUUCCUUGAA